AUGGUUGGAGAUUCUUACGGACAAAUAUCACAGUUAUCUCUACAGUGGAGUGCUUUUGGAGUGCCUGGCUGGGGUGUGAACUUCACCCCCAAAAGCAAAUGUGCCAUCCUGGGUUCAUCAGUAGAUAUUGGAUGCUCCUACAAAUACCCCAGGGGUGACACAGUAGAAAAAACUCUCUGGAAGAUGAAUUACUACAGCGAUGUGGAUUUCAGCAGUACUCCUCAUCAGGGCCGUCUGACUUAUCUGGGGGAUAAAAAUAACAACUGCACUCUGAGGAUAACAGAUGUGAGAUACAGUGAUGCUGGAGAGUAUAACUUCAGGUUUAUAACUAAUACAACGGCUCUACCGGUAGUGAUGCGUCCUGCCUGGGUGAAAAAGGGACAGCGUGUGACACUGACCUGCAGCACCACCUGCUCUCUGAGUACCAACUCCACCUACACCUGGAACACACCUGUUACCAGCCGACACACCAUCAGGGGCAACACACUGACCCUGUCCUCAAGUAUCUGUGCUGUGGUUGGAUCAUCAGUGGACAUGGGCUGCUCUUACUCUUAUCCAAAUAAUGUGACAGUGAAAAAAAUGUUUUGGCAUAAACGAGGGUCUAGAGAAGAAGACUUCAGCAAGAAGGAGGAAUAUAGAAACCGUGUCAAGUACCUCGGGAACAACAUCAAUGAGUGUGGACAAAGAAUAGGAAGUGUGAGAGAGAAUGAUUCAGGAGAAUAUCAGUUCAGGUUUAUAACAAAUAAUCCCAAUGGAAAGAUGUCUGGAAGUCCUGGUGUUACUCUUCUGGUUUCAUCUCUGCAGGUCAUGAUGAGUUCUGCGGCAGUAAGAGAAGGAGGAACUGUGUCAUUGACCUGCAACUCCAGCAGCUGUCAUGAAAACGUCUCCUACAUCUGGUUCCAGAACAGAGAACCUCUUACCAAACACACAUCCAGAGAUCUGAUCCUAGACCCAGUCAAGAGUGAUGAUUCAGGAACUUACUCCUGUGCUGUUGAAGGAAAUGAGAAACACCCCUCACAUGAAGUGACCCUCAGUGUCCAGUCGGAUGCAACAUCACCUCUCAUAGCGGUGGGACUUUUACUGGCGGUGAUUGUUACCAUGGUGACUGGGAUUGUUUGUUUUAGAAGGAAGAGGAGGACAUCCACGGAGGACACAGGAACACAUCAGGCAUCAGAUGACAGAGAGAUGAGCAUGCAGAGAGAAGGAAUGCCGGACACUGAGCAGGAAGACUCCAAUCCCCUGUACGACAACAUCUCUGCCAUGCCCAGGACCACUGAUCGAGAACACAGCGUGGACUCAGGAAAUCAAGAAGAUGCUGCCUAUGCCAGCGUUCAGUUCAAGGCCAAAAACAAGGGUGGCGUCCCAGACUCUACAGCUGAGGAGAAGGCUUCACAGAGCAUCCUUAAUCCCUCUAGUGGUGUCAGUAUAGCGGAGGACGAUGUUGUGAUCUAUAGCACCGUAAACAAACCCAGAUGCUGAACACAAAGGAGCAGAGUCAGUGCCUGAUGACCUCAGUGGUGACCUGACCGUCUGGUCAUCUGCAGCGCCAAGACAGGAGUAACCUGCAGCUAUUGCAUGCAAUGCAUCCAUUCAGUUUAAAUGUAAUACAGUAGGUGGAGACGGAAAUGGCUCAUUCUGUUCAAUUAGGUGUAUUUGCAUUUUUAUGUUAUAUUUCGUAUUCAGUUGCCAUACAAUACAAUUCAAUAGGAUGUACGUAUAUGUUAUACUUUAAACAAAUUGCCAUUUCAACUGAACACAAUCCACAUACAGUAUCUGCAGCUACAUGUGCAUGUCAUGACAGUUGUCUUUUCAGCCGAUGCUGAAAUUCACCUUCAACGGCUAAAUUGUGAAAAAGAUUGUUAUACAGUUAUUGUAUUCAAUGAUCAUGUUUUUAUUUCUUUUCAGUAAUAUUUAGAUAUUGAAAAUAUACCCCAGUGUGUGUAACAGACAUUUGUUGAGUAUGCAAUAUUAUUUCCAUAUGUUUUGCUUUCACUUAUAUUUGUGUAGUGUACAGAGAUACAGACACAAACAAAAUGUGUUUUUUUUAUUAUCUAUUUAUUUAUUUUUAUUAAUAGAUAGAUAUUUGUUUUCAUUUGAUUGGCUGCGGAAAUUGUGUAAAUUCAAGUCGUGUUGUGAAGAGCAGUGCACAUAAAUUCAGUGAAUCAUAAACAAGUGAUGUGUGCUACCUUGUUUAGCAGAUUAAAGAGGAGCUGCCUUAAUGCAGAGGUGCCCUAACCAGUAGACCAUGGUUACGAGUCUUAAUGGAUGUGCAACAGAUUCACCACCAAAAAAAAUGUCAGGUGGAGCAACCGAAGGUUUAG